GACGGAAGUGACGGGCCUCGGCCAUGGCUGCCCCGCAGGCGCACAAACGGCUCCUGGGAAGCUGCCCGGCGGCGGCGGCCUCCAGGGCCCUCUGUGUCUGAGCGGCGGUUCCUGACCCCGGGCCCCUGGGUCUCGGGAAGGCAGUCCUGUCCCUAAGAAACAACGGACUUUGGUUUAAGGACUCCCCAGAGAUCUUGGCUGAACCUUCCCGAGACUGCGUGACAGACAGCCUUAAGAGGCUUCUCUUCAACAUUCCCUGCCUUCUCCACUGAGUGGAACCUUUAAAGUACACAGGAAUGAAAAGAAAGGUAGUGAAUGCUGGCAAGCUGAGAUUGAGUCCUAAUGAGGAAGCCUUCGUUUUAAAGGAAGAUUAUGAAAGAAGACGAAAACUAAGAUUGCUACAGGUUCGAGCACAAGAAAGGGGUAUCGCUUUACAGAUAAGAGAAGAUAUAAAACAGAGGAGAAAUCAGGAAUUCACUCGUUUGGCAGAGGAGCUAAGGACAGAAUGGGAAGAAUCACAAACCCAGAAAAUAAAGAACUUGGAAAAACUGUAUUUGGCAAGUUUAAGGACUAUGGGAGAGGGACAUCAACAAGCCAAAGAAAAUGUAAGUGAGCACUGGCUUGACUACCUGCAUAUAAAAGCUCGAAAGGAAGCACUGCUUGUGGAAAAAGAGAGAUCUGCCAAAAUUACAAGUCUGCCACCUCCUCCUCCAACUCUUUUUGAGAACAUUGAAGUAAAGAGAAUUACCAAUGUGGAAACUAGUAGCUCUACCUACCAUCAUCUUUACAGUUUUGUGAAUAGAGAGAUGGGCACAAAGCAGCCAGACCCUCAUUUGGCUGCUGAAGAAGAAGCUAAAAGAUUGGAAGAACUACAAAAACAAGCAGUGCAACAGAGAAUGCAACAGAGUGAAAAGGCACACAUGCGGGGUUUCCAAGCAAUGAAAAAGAUCCAUUUGGCUCAAAAUCAAGAGAAACUAAUGAAAGAACUUAAACAGCUACAACAAGAGGACCUGGCACGCAGGAGACAGACUGUAGCACGAAUGCCACCACAGCUCCUUGCACCUCUCUACAGACGGAGUGAAAUGAAAGAAGAUUGGCAGAGAGAGCUGGAAUUUGCCUUUGAAGACAUGUACAAUGCAGACAGGAAGGUGAAAGGAAACCUGAUUUUGCACCUUGAACCAGAGCCUUUGCCCACGGUGACUGAUCAGAUCCAAGAUAAAGAACUGGACGUUUCAAUGGAACAAGAAAAUUUAGAGGAAACUGAAAACAUACCAGUGACAGAAGCCAAAAUGAUAUGUUCUAGUGAAGCACACGUUCCUUUGGCAAUGAAGACCCACCAGGUCCCUUCAAAAAUUCUUUUUAAAAAAUUAUUAAACAAAAUCCGAAGCCAAAAAUCUCUCUGGACAAUUAAAUCCACAUCUGAGGAUGAAAGUGAAAUGAUUACAACUAUUAGUGAAACUGAGAGUAAAACACAAACAGUUGAAUCAGGAGCAACUGCUAGUGAAGAUAGAACAUUAUCGUCUGAGCAGGAACAAGUUGUUGAAAGUGAUAUGCUAACAACAGUUGACUCUGGCCCGCUUACUAGUGAACCACAUUCAUGUGAUGCAGACUCUGAAAAGAAACAAGAAAUAAAUGAGACUCAGUCUCUCACAACUGUAGCUCAAAGUUCAGUUUUACUUCAUCCUCAAGAAGCAGCAGCCAGAAUUAGAAUGGCAGCAAGGCAGAGACAGAUAAUGGAAAUAGAAGAGCAGAAGCAAAAGCAGUUGGAAUUACUUGAACAAAUUGAACAACAGAAGUUAAGAUUAGAAACUGAUUGCUUCAGGGCUCAGCUGGAAGAAGAAAAAAAGAAAGAAACUCGGCAGACUGGGGUUGGCACUGCUCCAGCGUCAUGCACUGCAAGUUCUGAUAAAGAUGAUCAUAGGAAGAUGAUUCGUGACUAUCAACAUCAGCUUUUGCAGCAAAACAGAUUUCACAGACAGUCUGUUGAAACAGCCAGGAAACAAUUACUUGAUUAUCAGACUAUGUUAAAAGGAAAGUACUCAUCCAUGUCAGCUACAUCAUUGAUACCUGAUUCGGUUUUACCAAUACCAACACAGAAAUCUGAAAGACCCCCUGUUAGACUGGAACAUUGGGAUCAAGGUCAGAGACCCAAGCUGAAUCCUAACAAAUACCAACCUCUACAACCCAUACAGAUUUCCAAAUUAGAACAAGAUUAUUUUCAGGUUCUGAAACAAAAUCACUUUCCACAAAGACAGGUAGAAACAACAAAAGCAUUAAUCACUUCAGAUGUUUUAGCCAAGCAAUCUUUGGAAUCACAAGAACAGCUAAAGCAAUUCUCACAGACUAAAACACAACAGAGAGACUAUAAAUUGUUCCCUAAAGAUUCUCAUACACUUUCAGGAGCUUUGUCACAUGACAGACCACUAAUAUUACAGGAUGCUAGAGGAAUACCUGAAAUAUUUAAGGCAGCAACUUCUCAAACUUUAGGCUCCCAGCAGAUGUUCUCAGAGAACAGAGAAAGCAUAUCUUCUAAGCAAACUGAACUUUCUUCACUUCUGCCACUGGCAGCUGAGCGUUCUUUUAAUUCUCUGCCUGCUAAAGUUGAGUCUGGAAAAAUACAGGAACCCUUUUCAGCCUUGAGCAAAAGUACAGUUUCUGUAAUCAGCCAAAUUCAGGAUAAGUCUCUGCCUCCCUCAGAGACUGUCACAGUCCAGCAGAGUAAUGUGAAGGCUCUCCAAGAGCAGUUAGACCUGCAGAAGGAGGUUCUUCGGUCAAGACAGGAAGCUCAGGAACAGUUGCUUUUGUGUGAACAGAAAAAAUCGGAAGGGCAAACAGGCCUGUCUCUCUUCCUUCCAUCGGUACUGCUGGAUUCAUUUGCUCUACUUCCUCAUGCAAAAAGUGAAUCAGGGAGACUCCAGGACUCUUCUCCAACCACAAAUGAUUCUGCAGUUUCCUCAGGCCAUCCUGGGGUCCCACAACUUCAGGAUAGGCUUUUGAGUUUUUCACAGUGUAUCUUAGCACAGCAGGGUAAUUUAAAGUUGCUCCAAGAACAGUUAAAUAUUCAGAGGGACAACCUUCAGGCUAGGAGGGAAGCCCAGGAGGUAUUGUAUGUGCGUAAACAAAGUGAAUUGGAUGGAGGAGUAUUGUCUGAACAGACUGAUCCUCCUCCUCUCCCAUCGCAGGUGGCUAAGCAUACAUUUACUUCACUAUCUUCUGCUGGUACUCAAUCUGGAGAAAUCCAGGAGCAGUAUUUAUCUAAGAGUGAGACAGGAUUUCUCUCAAGCCAAUCUGAAAUCCCCAAAUCUCACACUGGACCUUCGAGUUUCCUACAGCAACUCCUACCUUUACAUGAAAGUUUGAAGUUGCUCCAAGAACAGCUGACUGCACAGAGGGAUGCCCUUCAGGCUAGGCACAAAGCCCAGGCAGAAUUACUUUCACACAGACAAAGGGAUUUGGAGUACAGCAAGUCUGGGCAGAUGAGUUCUUCAUUCCCACCAGUGGUUGCUCAGUGUGCAGUUGCUUUACAAGCUUCUGCUAAAACCGAGCCUGGAAGAAUUCAGAACAUUUGUUUUUCUGAGAGGGAUCAUAUUCCUUCAAGGCAUUCUGUGAGCCCAACAUUACAGUAUGCGUCUCUCAGUUUGCCACCGCAUAGCCUGCCACAGCAAGAAAAGUUGGUACUCCCAGAACAGUCACACAUAAAGAGGGUAAUGCUGGAUACUGAACAAGCAACUGAGGAAUUUGUACACAAACCAAGUGAGUUAGGAAAAAGAAUUUCUGAACAAACUGGUGUCUCUUUAUCCCUGUCCCAGGUAGCUGAAUCUGAAAGCUUCCAGGAAUUUAUGUCAGUCAAGAGUGACAGUACAGUUCCCUUAAGCCAUUUUAAGAUCCCAGAAUUUCAACAAACAUUACUGAGAUUUUCACAACAUACACAACCUCAAGAUAAUUUGGAGAAACACCAAGAACGGCUAGACACAGAGGAGGAGACCCUUCCUUUUAGCAAGAAAACCCAAGGAGGUAUGUCUUCUGAACAAACUGGCCUCUCCUCCUUCAUACCUCAGUUAGGAAAGCUUUCACUUACUUCAUUGUCUUUUGCUGAAUCUAGUACAGCCCCGGAACCUCUUUCAACAGAGAGCAAUAGUAAAAUUCCUGCAAGUCAUUUGCAGAUUCCACAAUUGCAGGAUAGGCUUUUGAGGAUAUCACAGCUUAUCCAGCCUCAACAAGAUAAUUUGAAAGUACUUCAAGAACAGUUAGCUACACAGAGGGAAGCUAUCGUUCAAUGUAGACGGGACGCUCAGGAGGAAUUCCAUAAACAGAAGGAGUGGAGGGAAAGAGUAUCUCCUGAGCAGGUUGGUACCUCUUCCUUCUUACCCCUAGUUGUACAGCAUUCAUUUGCUUCAUUACCUACUAGUGAAUCUGGAAGAAUCCAAGAACCUUGUUCAGCUAAGAGUGACAAUACAGCCUUGUCGGGUCAUUCUGAAAUACCAAGAUUGUCCAAUAGGCUUUUAGGUUUAUCACAACCUAUUUUACCUCAACAAGAUCUGACUGCACUUCAACAAGAACACUUGAAUGCCCGGGCAGAUUCCCUUCCCUGUCACGAGAAGACCCAGAAAGAAUUGGUUUUGCCAAGGCUACAUAAAUUGGAGGAACAGUUACCUUCUGAGCAUUUUGUCCAACUUUGCCAUAGUGACUUGAAAGCACUGCAGCAGCAGUUAGACACGCAGAGGAAAGCCAUGGGCUUGAGACAGGAAGCCCAGGAGGAAGUGCUUCUGCAGAAGCUAAGUAAGUUGGAGAAAAGGGUAUCAUCUGAGCAGGUAAGCUCCUCUUCACCCUUAUCCCAGGUACCACUGCCUGUUGCUGACUCUGAAAGAAUCCCAAAGGCUUUUCCAACCGGAAGUAAUGGUACUGUUCCCUCAAGUCAUCCUGAGGUCCCCAGAUCACAGGAUGGGUGUUUGUGUUCAUCACAGCCUGUUCUGCCUCAGCGAGACCAUUUGACAACACAACUGGCCAUCCAGAGAGAAGCGGUACAUUCUGCCGAAAAAGCCCAGGAAGAAUUGCUUUUGGACAAACACAGUGAGUUGAUUGAAAGUAAAUCAGAUCAUGCUGUUUCCUUUUUGUCUUUCCUACCCAAAGAAACAGAACGUGCAUUUAUUCCACUACCUUUUGCUGAAGUUAAAUCUGAAAACACAUGUGAAUUAUAUUCAUCCAAGAAUGAACACACAGGUCCCUCAAGUGAUUCAGCUAUCCCAAGAUUUCAAGGUACACUUUUGAAUUUUUCACAACCUGUCUUAGCUCAGCAAGAUAAUGUGGGGCUUCAAAAGCAGUUGGAUCUACAAAAAGAGGUCCUGCGUUAUAGCCAGAAAGUUCAAGAAAAAUUGCUUGUGCAGAGACAAACAGAAUUACAGCAACACAUCCGGAAACAUCAAGAGACUAUGAAGGACUUCUUUAAAGGCAGUCAGACAAAUAAGCCCACAGUUGAAAAUGAUUUCACCCAGAAGCACAGAGAGUGGCCUCCUCAUUUACAACACCUAGUGAGAGAUGAUCAGGAAAACAUCAGCCCUGCAGGUCGGAGCAACUCUGAUGGUGAUCCGCUGCUUUCAGGAGAUAGUAGUGCCAAGCACAGUGGGGAGCAUCUGGACAAAGAACUGGGCAGGAGAUCCUCAAAGCCACCUGUGGCGAAAGUUAAAUGUGGAUUGGACUUGAACCAGCAUGAGCUUAGUGCUAUACAAGAGGUGGAAUCACCAGCAAGUGGUAAAAUUUCUUUACUAGGUAAACCAGAUUUUUAUGAAGACAGAGACCCCCUGAGGGUCUCAGUAAGCCGAGAACAAAGUUUCCUUGGAAGCCCACUGGCCUGUGACCCAUUUGGUCAUGUUCACCCGCUUGCCCAGGAGAACAUCAGUGGUAGUGACUCUGAAGCAGCAGUUAAGGUCAAGGAAGUUGUGAUUGAGAAUCAUGCAGGAUUAAGUUACGCUGUGGAGGAAGAACAACAUACAUAUCCAGAUGCAACUGUGGAGCCAGAUAAUGUUAGUAAUGUUUUAACAUGUAUAUUAUUAGAGCUAUUUGGCUUCAUAUUGUUUUUAGUUUACAAAAAUUAUGAAAUAUUAAAGUUUGCAUUCUCUGAGAUCUGCUCUUUUUUCAUUUUCCUCAAAAUACCAACAGAUGACCUUGACUUUCCAGAAUUGGAAGAUACUUUUCCCAAUUUGCACGGUCACCUGUUUAAACCAUUAGAACCACAUCCAGACUUUGAUACGUCUUCAUCUUCUGGGAUUCAAGACAGCAGAGCCUUUUACCAGAGCCCAGAUUCUUCAUGUGAAAAUCACUGUGCUCCAAUGCUAUCCAAAAGUACGGCUUCUUUCACAUCACUGCAAACCAGUCUUUCUUCACUUUACACCGGAUUGACCCAGCCACUUGACCCUCACUUCACUGAUGCUAUAGCUCUGAGUUUUGCUACAGAAAAUUUUGAGGCAUCUGAACAAUCUUUUCAACAACUUCUGCCAGAAUUUUCUUCACAGGAGAGCCAGCAUACUGAUCUACCAAGUAUUUUUAGCAUUGAAGCAAGAGAUCCUUUCCAAGGCAUGGAAAAUCACAACCACUCUGAACAGAUUGAAAUAUCACAAAAUAAAAAAAUUGCUCAUUUCCAGCUCUCCAUAGGAAAUUUGCAAAGUUCAGUCUUCAGUUCAUCUGAUGAGGCUGAUGUAUUUCAUCCAGUAAAUCUACAGUAUAGCACUCCAUGUGGUUCUGCCUCUAGUGAGAUCUCAAUAAAAGACCAACUGGAAGGCAAAAAAAGACUGGGCUUUGAAGAAUUAACGGAAAGUGGGAUCGAUGCAUUACAACAUCAGGGAUUCAAUGAAGAUUAUAAAAAUGAAUCCUGUGGCAUUUCAAAUAUAAAUCCACAUGCUGAAGAAAUUGACUCCCAAUUAUGUGUAAGAACAGUGGAAUGUUCUCAGAAUGAAAAUUCUGAGGAUUCAGCUAAAGCAGAAACUCCAAAAAUCACAGGAAACCUAUCUCAACUAGCACAAUCAGAGGUCUUUUUAAAUUCUGGAUCACUUUCGUUACAGAGUCAUAUUCCAGUCUGGGAGACAGAAUCUGGCCAUGGUAUAAUGGAAGAACCAGAACUUACAUUAGUAAGCGCCAGUGAUAUCAGUAUAGCUGAAACUGAUUUUGCUAACUUAACCCUAGAAGAAAAGGGACAGUAUGAACCAAGUAACUGUAUUCAGGUGAGUGAAUUUCUACCUCUUGCAUCAGAAACAGAAACCUCAGACUGUCCAGGUGUACCAGAACAUUCUAUGGAGAAGACCGUGUCUGCAGAAACCCUUCCAAAGCCUACAGCUAUCCCAGAGAGCUUACAAGAAGCAUUUGUAAAGAGAAAAAAAAAGUUUAUUGAGAGAUCCUCCCAGAGACAAGAAGAAAUAAAGAAGAAAACUCGUAUCUCUGAAAAGUCUCCAAUCAAAAUAGUUAAGGAGAAACUUUGCAUAGGUUCACCUGUGAGUUGCCUAAAGGUUAUGAAUAAAGUUAGGGUGCCACUUCCUGAAGACAGACAGACUGCGCAAGCCUUCACGCAACACAGGGCUCUAAGAGUAUACAAUGAAUCAGUUGAAAAACAGCAAAAGGAAGAGAACGCUAAAAAGCAUGAUGUGGGUGCCCAAAGUAGAGCAAGCGGAAAAGAAUUCCGUAAGAAAACACUAGAGAAACUUCGAGCCAAAUAUACACAGUGACUUUCUAUGAAAACUGUAGUUGUUUUUAUUAUGUAACAUAGGCCACAUAAGUCAAUAAAUUUUUUAAGAACUUAA